AUGGAAUCCUUUCGCCAGAUCACCAAAGGGCACCACUACUCCACCGCAGCUAUAAUCACCCUCCUCGCCCAGGAUCAACGUCAGCCCGGUCGACUCCAACGUCAACUACAUCGUCCGAUCCGCCACCAACCAGCAGCAGCUCCCACCCCAGGCCAGGGCGGCGACACGUUGCGAUACCAGCUCAAGCUGUCCGACAGCGGCGCGCAGCUCGGCUUCGCCUGGCCGCUGGUGGACAGGCGGGACGCUGAACAAUAUCGCAAAGACCGCGAUCAGCGUCGGAAGUCUCCAGGUGGCCGGCCAAGGUCGCGACAGUUGCUAUCAGUGAAAUGA